AUGGCAGCGGCGACCGAGCCCGGGGCACGCGUCUGGCUGGGCGGCGGCUCCGUGCGCCCCAGCAGCCCCGCCAGCAGCCCUGUUCUGGGUGCCCGAGGCCACGCGCGCCAGGGACCGGGGCAGGGGUCGGAGCGGGCUGGCGGCAGAGCCCCUGGCCCCGCCGCUGCGGGUCACAGCUUCCGGAAGGUGACGCUCACCAAGCCCACCUUCUGCCACCUCUGCUCCGACUUUGUCUGGGGGCUCGCCGGCUUCCUGUGCGAUGUCUGCAACUUCAUGUCCCACGAGAAGUGCCUGAAGCAUGUGAGGACGCCGUGCACGGGCAUCGCGCCCAGCCUGGUGAGGGUCCCUGUAGCCCACUGCUUCGGCCCCCGGGGGCUUUACAAGCGCAGGUUCUGUUCUGUGUGUCGCAAGGGCUUGGAGGCACCCGCACUUCGCUGUGAAGUGUGUGAGCUGCACGUUCACCCCGACUGUGUGCCCUUCGCCUGCAGCGACUGCCGCCAGUGCCACCAGGAUGGACACCAGGACUAUGACACGCAUCACCACCACUGGCGGGAGGGGAACCUGCCCUCCGGCACGCGCUGUGAGGUCUGCAGGAAGACGUGUGGGUCCUCCGAUGUGCCGGCAGGUGUGCGCUGCGAGUGGUGUGGUGUCCAGGCCCAUGCGGUGUGCUCCACGGCGCUUGGUCCAGAGUGUGCGUUUGGGCGCCUGCGGUCCAUGGUCCUGCCCCCCUCGUGUGUGCGCCUGCUGUCCCGCAACUUCAGCAAGAUGCACUGCUUCCGCAUUGCUGAGGCUGUGGUGCCAGAGCCAGGUGACAGGGACGAUGGAGCAGAUGGAAUUGCUACCGGGGUGCUGGGCAGAGAGGCCCUGGUGGCUCCAGAGUCAGGCAAGCAGAUCCUGAAGAUCUUUGAUGGCAAUGAUGCCAUCAGGAGAAACCAGUUCCGCCUGGUGACUGUCCCGCGGCUGGCCAGGAGCCAGGAGGUGCUGGAGGUGGCGCUGCGGGCCUACUGUGUCAUUGAGGAUGCUCGGGACUUUGAGCUGCAGGCGCUGCCCCUGCCUUCACUGAGUGGKGACACCCAGGCCCUGGGGAAGGCUGGGCUAAGUGGUCCUGUAGAGGAGGAGGGCAGCAGAGUCUCUGGGCCCCAGGAGCCCAUGCCCGAGGCCUGGGUCAUCCGUUCCUUGCCUCGGACGCAGGAGGUCCUGAAGAUCUAUCCAGCUUGGCUCAAGGUGGGUGUGGCCUACGUGUCCAUCCGUGUGACCCCACAGAGCACAGCGCAGACCGUGGUGCUGGAGGUCCUCCCGCUGUUCGGGCGCCAGGUUGAGGGUCCUGAGAGCUUCCAGCUGGUCGAGGUGCUCAUGGGCAGCAAGCAAGUCCAGCGGACAGUGCUAGCAGAUGAGGAGCCCCUGCUUGAUCGGCUUCGGGACAUCCGGCAGACAUCUGUGCGGCAGGUGAGCCAGACACGGUUCUAUGUCACCGAGAGCCGGACCGUAACCCCACACGUCUCUCUGUUCGUGGGUGGCCUGCCACCUGGCCUGUCCCCCCAGGAAUACAGUCACCUGCUGCAUGAGGCUAUGGCCACCAAAGCUGCUGUGGUGUCCGUGAGCCAUGUCUACAACUCGCAAGGUGCGGUGGUGCUGGACGUGGCCUGCUUUGCUGAGGCUGAGCGGUUGUUCAUGCUGGGCAGGGACACGAUGGUGCGUGGCCGGCCGCUGUCGCUGCUGGUGCUCCCAGACGUGCUGCACAUGAAGCUGCCCCCAGAUUGCUGCCCGCUCCUCGUGUUCGUGAACCCCAAAAGUGGGGGCCUCAAGGGCCGAGACCUGCUCUGCAGCUUCCGCAGGCUGCUGAACCCACACCAGGUCUUCGAGCUGACCAAUGGGGGGCCUCUUCCUGGGUUUCAUCUGUUCUCCCAGGUACCCUGCUUCCGGGUGCUGGUGUGUGGUGGGGAUGGCACCGUGGGCUGGGUGCUUGGCGCUCUGGAGGAGAUACGACACCGUCUGGCCUGUCCAGAGCCAUCCGUGGCCAUCCUGCCCCUGGGCACAGGGAAUGACCUUGGCCGAGUGCUCCGCUGGGGGGCAGGCUACAGCGGGGAAGACCCGUUCUCUGUGCUUGUGUCUGUGGAUGAGGCUGAUGCUGUGCUUAUGGACCGCUGGACCAUCCUGCUGGACGCCCAGGAGGCCAGUAGUACCGAGAACAGUGUAGUGGACACAGAGCCCCCCAAGAUUGUGCAGAUGAGUAACUACUGUGGCAUUGGCAUUGAUGCUGAGCUCAGUCUGGACUUCCACCAGGCGAGGGAGGAGGAGCCUGGCAAGUUCACCAGCAGGUUCCACAAUAAGGGUGUGUAUGUGCGGGUUGGGCUACAGAAGAUCAGCCACUCCCGCGGCCUCCACAGGGAGCUCAGGCUGCAGGUUGAACAGCAGGAGGUAGAGCUGCCCAGCAUUGAGGGCCUCAUCUUCAUCAACAUCCCCAGCUGGGGCUCAGGGGCUGACCUGUGGGGCUCAGACAGCGACCCGAGGUUCGAGAAGCCACGCAUGGACGACGGGCUGCUGGAGGUGGUGGGUGUGACAGGCGUCGUGCACAUGGGCCAGGUGCAGGGUGGGCUGCGCUCUGGGAUCCGCAUCGCCCAGGGUUCCUAUUUCCGAGUCACGCUCCUCAAGGCUACUCCUGUGCAGGUGGAUGGUGAGCCCUGGGUUCAGGCCCCGGGGCAUAUGAUCAUCUCAGCUGCUGGUCCCAAGGUACACAUGCUAAGGAAGGCCAAGCAGAGACCCAGAAAGGUUGGCACCACCAGGGACGCCAGAGCAGACACUUCAUCUGCCCUUGAGGGUGACCCUAAGUAG